AUGGAGAGUUCCAGUUCAAGUCAGCCAAGUGAAAUUCCCAGUUCGAGUCAGCCAAGUAUGGUUCUGUUGGUGCUUGUGAAUGUGGAACCGCGGCAUAUUCUUCGUGAAUUAAAUUUGUUUUGCUACCGUACUGGUUGGACUCUCGUGCUGUGCUAUUCCGCCGAGGAAGCUGCAGAGUAUCUUGAAAAUUUGCACAUAUCAAGGUAUAAAAAUGAGCAGUGCGCGGUAAAUGCGAUACAGGAGCGAAAAAGGAAGCGAUUGGGAUUGGCUGAGAAUUAUGACGAAUUUAAUCAGGCUGUUUCAUUUCUCACAGCGAUCCGAUCCGUGACAACAACAGAUGCGCAACGCCUGCUGGCUACAUUUGGUAGUGUUCGAAAGAUAGCAAAUGCAGACAUUGAUCGCCUGCUACUUUGCCCCGGUCUGGGACCGACAAAAGCCGGCAAAAUUCAUGCCUUUUUCCGGGCAUCCUUUCGAAGAAUGUGA